AUGACGAAUGUGUAAUAAAAUCUUCCUAAUUUGGCAUAAAUUGGUUUGUGUUCCGUCCCGUUCUCUUUGAAGACAAAACCUCAUCUCAUUAAAAUUUCAUCUUCUUUCUCUCUGCCUGUUUGUCCCCAUGGCUUCAAGCAAUGGCAGAGUAAGAGUAGUUGAUGUUUGCCGAAUCACUCCUUCCUUGGACUCUCCUGCAUCAGCCGCGGAGCUCUCUCUUCCUCUCACUUUCUUCGACACAUUCUGGAUUAAAUUCCACCCAGUUGAGCGUAUCUUCUUCUACCAACUCUCCGAUUCAACCCCUGCCCUUUUUGACUCUGUCAUUCUUCCUAAACUCAAGCACUCCCUCGCCCUUGCUCUCCUCCAUUAUCUCCCUCUCGCCGGCAGCCUCGUUUGGCCACCAGACGCUGACAAGCCCUUCAUCUUUUAUGCCCCAAAUAACAGUGCCGUUUCGGUCACGAUUGCGGAGUCUGAUGCAGACUUUCACCAUCUAGCAGGGAAUGGGAUUCGUGAAGCUGUUGAAUCACGUUCUUACAUACCUGAGUUGCCUGUAUCUGACACAACAGCAGCGGUUAUUUCCUUUCAAGCAACGUUGUUCCCUAAUCAAGGUUUUUGCAUUGGCGUCUCUUCUCAUCAUGCCAUUCUUGAUGGGCAUAGCGUAACCAUGUUCAUGAAAGCAUGGGCUAACUUAUGCAAAUCACAGAGCGAAAAAGAAAAGAAACCAAGUCUUUCACCAGAGCAAGUUCCCAUCAUUGAUCGGACAAUUAUUCAAGAUCCAGAAGGGAUUAGCAUGGUGUACUUGAACAAUUGGUUAGAAAUUGCGUCACGAGUGGAUUUGGGCCAUAAUCCUAGAAGCUUGAAGCUAUUAUCACAACCACCUAAAACUAACCGAGUACGAGGAACAUUCGAGUUGUCUCGAGAAGAUAUAAAGAAACUCAGGCAAAAGGUUCUAUUACAUUACCAAUUUGACAACUCAAUGCAUUUAUCAACUUUUGUGCUCUCUUAUGCAUAUGUAGCUGUCAACGUUCUUAAAGCAAGAGGACUGGAAAGACAUAGAAAGGUGAUGUUUGCAAUUAUCGCAGACUGUAGAGCCCGUUUAGACCCUCCAUUACCUGCAAAUUAUUUUGGGAAUUGCGUUAGCAUCCAUACUGCAGAAGUAGAACCAGAAGGUCUCAUGCAAGAAAAUGGGCUUUUCUUUGCUGUUGAAAGGCUUAGCGAGAAAAUAAAAAGGCUAGAGAAAGGAGCUCUUGAAGGAGCUAAAGAGAAGAUUUCAACAUUUAUGGCUAUUAAGCCAGGCUCUAUAGAAGCCAUUGGGACAGCCGGGUCACCUCGAUUCGGGGUUUACUCGACAGAUUUUGGGUGGGGAAGGCCAAAGAAGGUGGAGAUUACAUCCAUUGAUAGGAGUACUGGAACCAUUUCUUUGGCGGAAAGCAGAGAUGGGACUGGUGGAGUCGAAGUUGGUGUAGUUUUGGCGAAACAUGAAAUGGAAAUGUUUGAUUCUCUUUUUGUUAAUGGUCUUAAAGAUGUUUAAGGCAGUGAAACGAAGAUUAAAAAAAAAAAAGUUAAUUGUUCGACCAACCAAGGAGAAAUUCUUAGGUAUAUUGAAUCUAUUAUGUCAUUCAUAGAAAUUCUUUCUAUAUGGGUUUUUUGUUUGUUUUAACAAUUGAGCAGUAAACUGAUUGUAUCAUGAUACAUUUGAAAGUGUCCUAUCGCAAGUUAAAUAAUGUUAAGUUUUGGGAAAUAAUAUCAAUGAUAUUAUAUAAAUUUUUUAUUGUU